UGCCGUGACUCGGUGACGCCGUCGCCCCGUCCGGCCAUGAUGGUGGACGGGCAGACGAGACGACGCACUCCCUCGGCCGAAGGGCCACCGAGGGCUUCUGCCGGCGUUGGCGGCGUGGGCUCGUCCUCGUGCUCCGACUCGGCGGCCGACCACGAGUUGGCCUCCAAGGAGCCGAGCUCGCUCUCGGUGCCGCCGCCCCCGGCGACUCCGGGUGGAGGCGGAGGCGGCGACGUGGGCCAGCCGUGCUCUCCGGCGCCCACGGACUCCGGCACGCCUCCGCCGUCGAGCGCCAACGCCGCAAGCGCCAGCCGCUCACGCUGGCUCAAGCUGCGCACCACGGUCCAGCUGUCUGGAGCCAUCAGCCACAUCCAGAAGAAGCCGCCGCUCAAGAGAGAGGACUCCUUCCUCAAAAGGUUUUCGACUCGCCACAUCAACGAGCCGCAUCGUACGACGGGCAGCGACUCGGCGACCUCUCCGGCGGCCGAGUCUCGGCCUCGCUUCUUCUCCAAGCCCAACUGCGAACGCCUUCUGCUGGGCGUCAUCAAUCCGGACGAGAACGCGCUCUUCGUCUGGCUCUGGAUCCUCACCUGGUGCGUGCUAUACAACGCCUGGGCGCUCAUCCUCCGACAGACGUUCACCGAGCUGCAGACCUCUUCCGUGCAUCUCUGGUUCGUGGCUGACAGCUUCGCCGACUUGGUGUACCUGCUGGACAUCGUGGUGCAGUUCCGCACAGGCUACCUCGAGCAGGGGCUCAUGGUGUGCGAGGCCCGCAAGCUGGCGGGCCACUACGUGCGCUCCAAGCCGUUCCUCAUGGACCUGCUCGCGCUCACGCCGCUCGACCUGCUCCAGUUCCAGAUCGGCAUCGCUCCGCUGCUUCGCUUCCCGCGCUUCAUCAAGGUGUACCGCUGCUACCGCUUCUACUACAUGGUCGAGUCGCGCACCAUCUACCCGAACCUGUGGCGCGUCGUCAACCUCAUACACAUACUGCUGCUGCUGUCGCACUGGUUCGGAUGCUUCUACUACAUGCUGUCCGAGUUCGAGAACUACGACGGCGACUGGACCUACCACAAGCCGGACUCCCCCGAGUGGAAGGCGCUGGGCCGAAAGUACCUCGCCUCCCUUUACUGGUCCACGCUAACGCUCACCACCAUCGGGGACCUGGUCACACCAAGCUCCAAUCUGCAAUACAUUUUCACUAUUUUGUGCUAUCUCAUCGGCGUCUUCAUUUUUGCAACAAUUGUAGGUCAAGUAGGCAAUGUAAUUACAAACAGAAAUGCAAGCCGCCUGGAGUUCGAACGAUUGCUGGAUGGUGCCAAGCUGUACAUGAGGCACCACAAAGUCCCUCACCAAAUGCAGAGGAGAGUACAGCGAUGGUACGACUAUUCCUGGUCGAGAGGAAGGAUGCAGGGCGGAGGCGAUAUCAACUCUGCCCUCGGCUGCCUGCCGGACAAGCUCAAGACCGAGCUGGCGCUCCACGUCAAUCUAAAGACGCUAAAAAAGGUAACAAUCUUCCAAGAGUGCCAGCCCGAGUUCCUGCACGACCUAGUGCUCAAGAUGCGUGCCUACAUCUUCACCCCCGGGGAUCUGAUCUGCCGCAAGGGAGAGGUCGCCCGAGAGAUGUUCAUCAUCGCCGAUGGCAUCCUCGAAGUGAUCAGCGAAACUGGAAAAGUGCUCACUCAAAUGAAGGCCGGUGACUUCUUCGGUGAAAUCGGCAUACUAAAUUUGGAUGGAUUCAAUAGGCGAACGGCUGACGUCCGAUCUGUAGGCUACUCGGAACUGUUCAGCCUUUCUAGGGAAGACGUUCUCUCGGCCAUGAAGGAUUAUCCCGAAGCGGAGGAGAUCCUGCAGGCGAUGGGUCGGAAGCGGCUUAUGGAGGCGCGCCUGGCAGCGUCCGUGAAGAAAGCGGACGACAUCAUAACGCGCAGCUCCGGCGGCGGAGGCACCGCGGCCGGGGCGGGGGCGGGCGCCGGCGACGGCUCGGCGUCGCCCCAGGGCUCGGUCCACUCGAGGGGCCCGCGCUCCAUGGACGCCAUGCGCAGGCUACGUAAGGACGUCAAAAACAUCAGGCAGCUUCUCAGGAGCCGCACCAACACCACCACCCAGAAACCACCGGACAUACAGCUGGAGAUGGACCCUGCCAUGUCGUCGACGGAUGAUCACCAAGAGGACAGCGAGGCAGCGACUCCAUCGACACCGGUCACCAAGUCAUUGCAGAAGUUACUAAGGCGGUUCCAAUCCCGCCAGGAUUCUCAAGGAGGUCAAGCGCUUAAAGGCCUCGUCACCAGCAUGUCAUGCAUCAAGGGCGAAGAGGAGCUGGCCGACUUUGCCAGGAGACCAUCGGCCCUCAAGAGCAUGGGGCCGUCUAUGGGGUCACCCGCCACCCAGGAGUCCAGCGGCAGCAGUCCCGUGCAGCCCAUCGGCGCUGGGCUUCCUCUGCUGACGCGCAUCAAGAUGCUGCGGGAAGCAGAGAAAGCCGCGAAAGCUGCGGCUAGCAGCGACGCCUCCUCCAAACCCCUUCUUGUUUCUCCCGGUGGCGUCCACUCUCGCCGGGAGUCGUACGCCCAGCAAGACCGCGUGGCCUCGCGCCUCGAACCUACGGCGCACUCGAGCCUGCUGGAACGGCGAAGGCUAUCGAGGCUUCAAGCAAGCAUGUCCACGGCGUCGGCAGAGGUGACGGCAGCCGGCAGGUCGCCGUCGGCGGCGGAGAAGGCGACUUCUCGCAAGAGCGUCGCCGACGUCCUACAACGGCUCAAGCCCGGCGGUGGCGGCGACUCGACGAGCAACAAGCAGCAGCAAACGCCAACCGUCACGCUACAGGUGCACCCGCCUCCGCCCAGCGACCCGGCUGCCGAAGCGGUGGCCAAUCAAAACAUCCCUCUCCUCAAGCGAGUUCUCCUGCUAAAAGCCAUGGAGGACAAGAAGGAGAAAGAACACAAGCCUCAACCCACCACCGCACCAGCUGCAACCUCCACGUCGGCGCCGGAGGCGGCGGCGGCGGUGGACAAACCAAGUGCCUCAAGUAGUAGUGUUGUGUCUACAAAGCUCUCGCCUCCGCGACCGGACACGCUAUCUUUGAGUCCGCAGAAGGAAUCCGCGCCAGCGGCCAUGUCUUCUGCCGACCAGGGGUCCGCGCGGACGCAGCCGACAACGACAAGCUCUGAGCUGGGUUCUGACAGUGGACAUCCGCGGAUAUUGUCGCCCAAGUUUGAACUGGAAGACGAGGUGUUUCGCAGCCCGAGCCCGGUUUCAGAACCGUGUGAGAGGAAACCGAGGCUAACGCACGACGGUGGGGGCGGCGGAGGCGGCGGAGGCGGUGACUUCAGAGGCGGCGGGUUGGUGUCCUCGGGGCCACCGGGGCAACCGGUGGCAUACGCCAACUCUGCCAUUCUUGUGCCGCAAGGAAGCGUGAUCGGCAUGUCACAACGUGGCGCUCUGGACACUCUGGAAGAGGCGCAACACAGUUCGGCUGAAUCGGGAAGCCUCGACGUUCAGAGGGAGCCGCAGCAGCACCAGUUGUCGCAACCGCAGGAGCAUCAGCAGCAGGCGGACGCCAUGGCACGGCUGGCACCUCCGGUAGCACCCGGGACGACGAACUACUCUCAGCAGUCCUUCAGGAGCCGCUUGUGGAGCAGGAACACCAUGGAAGGACACGCGGCGAGACGCAGCUUGCUGCAAAGAAUGGAGGCCGUCGAACUCGAGUCGACGGACGCCGGCUCGCACCAGGUGCCGCCGUCCAGGCGACCUCUGUCGCCGCGGACGGCAGCCCGAGCUCAGGGCAACGGCGGGGAUCAUCCCAGGGGCCGAAUCCGGAAAGUGAUCAUCGAAAGGCCGUCACCGGAGAACGGCCUGGAGCAGUGCCUUGUGUCGGAGCUGCUCACGCAGGAGGACGGUAUCGAGCAGUACGUGGCAGCCGCCAUGAAGCACAUCAAAAUUGCCUUCAAGACAUACUUGCAUGAAACUCAAGACGAACUACGUAAUAAGAUAUCCCUUUUAGAAGAUGACCUCAAGCGAAAAGAUGCUGUGAUAUGUGACCUUCAGCGGAAGCUGCUUAUAAAGGAACAAGAACUAAGUCACUUGGAGCGGGAAAUGAGUUACCUCGAAGAAGUUAGCAGCCUGAGUGACACCAGUCUGACCUGGUCCGACGAAGAGGAUCUGGUCUUGACGAACGAGUCCGUGGAUAGUGCACGAGCCGAUCCUCUCCUCGAGGAGGAGGAGGAAGAGGAAGAGGAGGAAGACGGUGGGCGAUCCCGGCGGCUGGCCGCGCAGACUGCUGCCUCCUCAGCACGCCGAGGAGUGGGGCGACCCUUUCUCUACUCUUGGCCCCGAGCGAGCCUUCCCAACGCGCUCUCGCACCACCGACACCACCGCACGCCACACAGCUCGUCGUGGCAUGAGCCUUCACUCUCGGCACUGGCGUCAGCCUCCGACUCCGCACUGUGUGGGGUGGCGGCUGCCAGACUAAAGCCCGAGGACCUGUGGAAGCUGGAGUUCCCGGCGAGCCAGGACCAAUCCAAGGCGACCAGCAUCGACUUCAGCCUUAGCACGAGCAAGAUGAGCAGCGGGGGCAGCUGCACCACGCUGCCGGACCUCGCGGUGCCGCAGCCGUACAGCCCAUCCGUGAGGUCGGGCAGCGCGACGUCGCCGCUGCUCACGUACCCGCGACCACCGACGUCCACCAACUCGGACGACUGGGAGGUGCAAAUGCUCGUCGAAGAGUUUGAAAAGAAAGUCCAAAAGGAGGAACAGAGCGGCAGCCGGCGCCACUCGAGCUGCGAGCCGCUCUCCUGGAGUCGAGCCCUGUCGCGAAACCUGACGUACGUCGCCGCCGAGCCGCACCACAAGCGACACGCGACCUCCACGUCAUCGCCCUUCAGCUCCCAGGAGGAAGGGCGAAGGCGGCGCCUGCGACGCAAGCACAGCCUGCGAGACGACCGCCUCCUGCGGUGCCUGGCCGGACGCCAGGCCACGGCGACGGACGCCAGACCCAAGCUGACCCGGUUCGCCUCGCUCGACAUGCCUCGGUACCACCGCCAGCAACAGAAGCAACACCUGCUGCAGAACCACUACGAUGAUGAACCCGGCGAUACCAGGGGAUUUCCCGAGAGCAGCUCCAGCGACCACCUUAGAUCUUCUAGCUCGUCCCGAGGCGCGGCGCUCAAGCGGCGCGCCUUCUGGCAGUCCAGGCAGAGGCACAACACCUUCUUCGCCGGCCAGGCGGCUCCGUCGGCUGUGCUAGGGAACGACAAGCAGAGGCUACUCGGCGCCUGGCGGAGUCUGGACGAAGAAUGCGAACCGCCCCCCGAGGAGGACCAUCGGCGACUCCAGGAGACGUCCUUCUCCAACGAGUGCCUGUGGCAACCGAGCCCCGCGCGUUCCCAGCCGACCGCGAUGCUCAAACAGCAGGCGUCCACAACUUCCUCGGUGUCUUCGUCGUCGUCCUUCAGCUCGCACAUCGCAGGCUGGCCGUCCACUCCGUGCCUGCCCACCAUCAAGGAGGACACGGGGGCGGGAGGUGCCGGUGGAAGUGGACGUCACGACCUGACCAAAGCCCUCAAGCUGUCUUCGAGUGGCUCCCGGAGCUACAGCGAGAACUGUCUUGCCGACGCCGACGUGGGAGCGCCUUCUCAGCUGUCUCUGACGAGACGAAGCUCGUCGAGCGGCGCUGGGCGUUCUUCGUCUUCGAACGCAUCGAUGGAGACGACGAUAGGGGAGCCGGCUUCCAGCCCACAGCAGAGGCGGCAGCAGCAGCAGCAACAACAACAGCAAUGCAUUUCUACUUCUACGAGGUCGACUGUGGCAAUGACCGAGACGAUCGCGCGAUCGACGGGAGGACUGACGACCGUCUCGGCGGUGCAGGGCAAGGUUGACAGCGUAGCGAUAUCUAUACCUGACACGGAACCCAUCUGGAGUUUGCCCUAGUGCUAUAAGAAAGAAUGAUAACACAGACACUCCGACACACACACACAGUCUCACUGUAGAGAGAGUACGUAGAGACCUUCCUCGGUUCGCAUAUUGCUCAUAGGGAACGCUACCAUCGCUUGAGCACAUGCAUGGCCUUUCGUUCAGUGUGCUUGGUCGUUCGGACAUCGCGCACGGUGUCGUGUUUCUGUCCUGGUUCAGGUUUUCCGAGUCUACGAAAUGGGCGAGCUUUUGGGUAUCUGUUGAGGCUGUCGCUUCGUUCAAUAUUUAACGCAAUUUUUCGCAACAUUCUCUUUUUCUUUGCAUUGUGAUCCAGGACUUAUCAUGUGACAUCGUACUGUCGAGAAGCUUACCAUUCUACAUUUGUUCAAUAUGUCUCACGAUUUUCUAGAAUAACUUUAUCCGGCUAUGCCGUUCUGCAGGAAAUUGUAGCACCGUCACGGGUGACAACGCAAUUAUCUCUCGUGUCACAGUUGCACUUUCAACGGCCAUUCCAACCAACGACCAUCGAAUGCAAUGAAGAGUAAACUCUAGUUCUUCAGAUUCCUUAACAAUAACAGACUUGGUUAGAAUUGGCUCUACGAAGUUCCAGUAAACAUCGCUAAAACGUGCCUUUUUUAGCAUCUCGCAGGCUGCCUUCCCUUCGUUGCUCUUAUUCAGCUUAUCAUUUGAUGAAGGCUAUGUACGUCAUCCUUAGCGUAACUAAGAACGUGAAAUAUAAAAGGCUUAGCUUUCCAUUUAGUUCUUUUUCUUUCAUCACAAGCAAAGAUGUUUUAUGAACAAUUUUUAUCGGAGCUGUAUACGGACCACCACCCCGCGCUGUGCAUUUCAAAAUUUCUACGUUCACUCAAACUGCUCAUAUGGCCGCGAUGGAAUCGGGCGAGCUUGUAAAUUUUUAACACCGAAUAUUCGGCACCUAAUUAAUGCGAACUUCAUCGACUCCCCCUUCUAACCUGUAUCUUUUAUUCGCCUUUAAUGUCGGCGUUAACUGAAAGUGCGCGCGUGGCACGGACAUUACAUGAAUGGACCAUCUAGGCAAUCUCAUUAAACGAACCGUAUAUUUACAAGCUCAAGAAAUAGUGUUAAUGCAACAUAUAUUCUAUUUCGAUGUUGUAUAGGCGCGCUACGUGCUUGGUGCUGACGUUUACGAAGUCUGUUUGAGAAGGAAUAUACUAAGCUUCGAGUCAAGAUGUGGCACGGUGCGUAAUAGACGCAUCGUCACGAAAUACUGAUGUCGCCCGCUGAGGUCUGUUCGGUAAACACAAUGUGUUUUGUUGCAGCGAUGCAAUAUGGUUUUAUUGCAAUAUCGUCCGUAUGCCGGGCCGAUUUCUAAGCAGUUCUCGUAGCCUAUAGAUCCGUAGUACUGGUGCUUGGUAACACUAUCAACAAACAAAUAUUCGCAUUUGAAUUCGGUAAUAACCAUAUGGCAGUAAGUUAAUAUCAAUUGCUCUUGUUACCCGAACGUGCUUCUUGGUCACUGUUGAAAGAGCAGCUGACUUUCUAUUUCUUUCCCAUGUGCACAGUCGGUCUUUCAGAAGUAAUCCUCUAUCAAGUGAUCAACUGGCGUUCAUAUAUUGGGGACUGGGCUAUCUAAACAAAAGAAACUUCACAGAAAGAUGCCGACCAUGUUCGGAAGAAUGCUCACCAGUGUUAUGCGUACACUUUGGUGUUCAGUGAUUACUUAGGCGUAGUUCUCAGAGUACGUGCAGGGUUAGAACGAUUGUCCCCAAUAUUUAGCUAGCGAACGCGCGUAUCGCGUCGUUACUGCAGUUAACUCAGUGACUUUCAAAGCCGCAAGUUGAAGCGUGCAGUUCAUUCUUGGCCUUCUGCAAUGCGAGAGGCGCGGUUAAUAAGAGAUGUUCCAGGCUUUCAUUCUGCGCUGCUAUUCACGUGAGGAGUGGGUAAGCAAAUACUGUCUUAUCUCCUGCCCCUGAAAGCAACCUCCUUUGGCCCUAAGCCUCGUCUUUGAUGAUACCGUUGUUUCGAAGUGAACGCGAAAUUUUCUAUGACGUCGAGAAGUGCUCGUAUGCCUGUAUUAACUCGCUGGAUGCUUUGUGUCGUUCUCAAUAUUUAAGCCUACAUUUGAGGCCCGUACCGUUACAUUUGAUGUGAAUUGAGUUGUUAAUAACGUAAAUCAUAGAAUACAAGAUUUUACUACUAAUGAACAAUGGUUUCAGCCAUAUGAGGGAGUUCAUUCUUUUCAUAUCAGAAGAUUUGGAUUAUCGUAUCGUGUUAUCAAUUUCCGUAACCCUCUGCUGCCACGAAGCACUGUCCUUUUUUUUUCUUUUUUUUUCUGUCUACUAAACCUAUCACUGUUUUACAAGGGAUAACAUGGUAGUGCCGUGAUGUUCCUCAUACCGUUGUAUCACCGGAGGGCGACGCCGAUGUCGGUUUCAGUGUUAACAUUUCUGCGUCUGUUCUAGCUUCACAGAUUCUUCUAGUGUGUUAACACUGAUAUCCUCUACCACGACUGCGUUCCUCAUAGAACGCAUUUCUUUUCAAGAACGAUCCUGCUGACGUAUAAACGCCGAUCUGUUUCGUUUCUCCGUGGCCUCCGCGAUUGGUUACGGCAACGGUGCGCUGCCGUAAGUAAUCGCGGAGGCCACGGUUUCUUUGUACUCA